ACAAUAGAGAGAGCCACGUGCACAUAUGGCCUUGUAACGUUCACUCCCAACGGUUACAAUCUUCUUCUCCUUCUUUUUCUCUCCAUCCAAGAAUUCUUUCUCUCCUCUCUGUGUGUCUCUCUCUCUCUCUCUAUCUCUCUGUAUUUCUCUAAUGGAGCCUGCUCAGAUCGAUUGGAAGCGAAUCGAUUCUCGUUUUGUUGAAGACGUCUUCUACGAACACAUCAGAGCGCCUAAGUGGUUCGAUUUCUUGGCUCCAAGCCAUUUAGACACUGUUGACGACGAUGCUUGGUUCUGCAAACCUGACUGUAAUCACCCCAAGAGACCUGAAGACUUUUUCUCAACGCCCACUUCUUCCAAGCAUCCGGGUCUGAGGGAUACGAAUGAGACUCUAGGAGUUGGAGAGCAGAAUCAGAGGAGGAGGGGAUAUGGCUUAUCACCGUCUACUCCAAAAACCCAAGAAAGUGAAAAUCAGAACCCAAACUUAGCCACACCUCCAAGCUACCAAGUCAAAUCCUGGAGAUCAGCAAUUAAAUCAACUUCCGUCAAGAAACCGAAUAAAGAAGCACCGAGACUAAAGAGCACACAAUCUGCUAGGCAUCUGUUUUCAGGAAGAGACAUAUUUGGGCACAUCUCAGAUUUCUGCUAUGAGUUGAAGAGAUUAGCCACAAGGGUAACUGAGAGAGAAGAUACUGGGAAGUCCGAAGUGAAGGAGACUCAUCAUCAAGUGGGUGGUGGGGUAAUAAACCAGCCUUACUCUGCUCAUGACUUGGAAUUGAAAAAAGAAAGAAAGCCAUUGCUUGAAGUAAGCAAAGAUAAACUCCAAGAGUCCACGGAUGUUAAAGGAAGCACCUUUAAAGAGAACCGUAGAAGAAAGAAGAGAGUGGAUGAUGCAGAGAACAUUCCUGUCUCACUUAAUGUGGAGACUGUACUAAAGAACAAAGGAGAGGAUGGUAGAAGAAACAAGAGAAUGGAUGAUGCAGAGAACAUCCCUGUUCCUCUAAAACUGGAGACUGUAAAGAACAAAGGACACGAACGAUUCCUGCAGCAAAUCAGAACAAACCCACCAUCUCCUCAAUGCUUCUCAGAGAACCGGACAGCUUCUUUGAAACCCUUGAGGACCAAACCUACGGAAGUGUUGAAGAGAAAAGAGGAUGAAGCAGAAGAAGAGAAGAACAGAAAGAGUGGAGAAGCCAAGGAAGCAGCAAGGGGAUUGGACGUUCUCUGGUUCUUAAAGCCUUGCACUUUAGCCAACUAAAAACAACUUUUUUCAAAAAUUCAUUCGAUAUUUGAUUCAUUCUUUUUGUUAAUUUCCUUUGUUUCAACUGUAACUACUACUAAACGAGAUGAUAAUUUUGCUCAGAUUCCCACAUAUGUAAUCCCUGAGCAAUUUGAUUCAAUCUCUCACUUUUCUUUACACAUACACCGAUUUGAUUUUAAAAAUAAAACAGAGAUUAGAGAACAAAAAGAGGGAGAUCUGUCUCUAAUCAUUAUUAAGAUCAACAACCACCAAAAAAAAAAAAAAAAAA